CAAAAAAGUAUUCCACAACAAUCAAGUCACUCCAAAACUCAUGACCAAAAUUCUUUUCACUGUAUUUUUAAUAAACAAAAGUGGGGUGGCUUUUUUCUCAGCAACACCUGCAAUGGAGUUGAAGGGGUGGAUUGAGGGGGACGAGAGUGCGGAUGAAAUGUUAUCUCGCCUUAUAACUGAAGGCUCACCCUUCUUUUUUCUUCCUCCGCUUCACCGGAUUCCUCUCCGCGUCGGCAAUGUUCUUGAGCUCGUUGGCCCCUCUACAUCUGCCAAAACCCAAAUCCUUAUUCAGGCUGCAAUCAGUUGCAUUCUUCCUAAAGAGUGGAAUGGGGUGCACUAUGGUGGAUUGGGGCGUUUGGUGACGUUCCUCGACUUGGAUUGUCGUUUCGACGUUUCAUGCCUCGCACAAUUGCUAAAGCAUCGGAUCAUGGAAGCUAAUGGAUUGAGCAGUAAAGAGCAUCGGGAGCAACAACUUGGUGACUUAUCGAACUGCGAUGCAAAAAGGCAAUCUAAUAUGUUUUAUGAUGAGGAACUAUUUGCAGUGUCCAUGAGACGGUUCUUAUAUGUUCGUUGUUACGAAAGCUUUGAAUUUCUAACCACUCUUAAGACAUUGCAUUAUAGGCUUAGAAGGGAAAGUGAAGCACAUGGAAUUAGUGUUUAUUGCCUUCUUAUUGACAGCAUUGGAGCUUUUCAUUGGGUUGAUCGGGCUUGUAGACCCUUGCUAGUGGGUGGUGAUAAUAGGAAAAGUCUGUCUCUCCUGGGUGUAUCAGAAACUGUCGUUCAGGAGGUCAGCAAUCUUCUACUGCUUCAUCCCAUGGUUGUUAUAGCUACUAGAACUACCAUCUUAGGUGAUAAAAGUUCAGCUAAUGAGGUUCCAUGGAAGUUGGAAAAUUGGUCUGCAACAGACAUCUCAUGUUCAAAAAAUGUAAAAAGUAAAAAUCAGCAUCUUUCUUAUCCUGAGUAUAUGCCUUCUAUCUGGCAGACCUUUGUUACACACAGAGUAGUUGUACGAGCCACAGAUCAGAAUUGUGCUAUCAAUGAGAGUCGAGGAUGCUCUAUCUAUUUAUUGGAAUGGUUACUGCCACCUCUGAAAUCUUUUGACAAAUUUACUGUUGGAGAAGCUGGUGUCGUUGUCGCAUUGUGAGAUGUAAUUGUGUCAUGGAAGAAGUCAUGCUGCCCAUUUCUUGAACUCUCUCAUGAUGCAAGGUCAAAACUAUUUCAUGUAAGUUUGUUUGUCUAUAUUGCAUUUCAAGCUUCUUUUUCCCUUUAUUUUGGGGUCAAAUUGAUAUUAAUUGUAAUAAUCUAUUUGUGUAAUUCUUUGGUGUAAACUUUUGACAUCUUUAAAAUGCAUCUUCUAAAGCCACAUUGUCUUGUUUGUUGAGGAUUUAUGUCCAAAUUUAUUUAUUU